GCGUAUCUCCGCACUAUCAUCGUAUCUUUGGAUCUUACCACAGACGUAUAUCGCACAUCAGCCCCCGUAUUCGCCGUUCGUCCAGUGUCCAGUGAAUCGAGCAGCAUUCGCAAGGAUCGUCCACGUCGCAGUUUCUUCGACGUUCGUGCGUUAUCUUGGACCUCUGCGUUCGUGAACAGGCAACAGGAUGAUGAGCCCAACGAUCGUGAUCCUCCUUUCAAUAACAACCAUGGCCAUAUCCUAUAACAAUGUCCUGGCAGCUUUACCAACCCAAUGUAAUCCUGGCUUCUUGGAUGAUCUUCCACCGAGGAUCCGGAAGGUUUGCGCCGCUCUUUCAAGGAUAUACGAACUUGGUUCAGAGAUGGAAAGCUAUAUCGAUGACAAGGAUAAUCAUAUAUCAGGGUUUCACGAAAGCAUCCCGUUACUGGACAGUGGCGUUAAGAGACAGGACGUGGAUCAUGUUUUCCUACGCUUUGGAAGGCGUCGUUAAAUACGACGCAAACGACGCUUCGCACUUGAAACGAUCCAACAGUUUAAUUCACCGCAUCGUCCAGCUGCAAAAGAAGAAAAAAAUGUCUGCAAACCCCAUUUAGAGAUCCUUACUUGUAUUCAUAUUGCAUAUAUCAAUUUGUGUUUUUCCUUAAUAUCGAAUAAUUAAAUCUGAUGAUAACGAUAAGCGAGCAAAAGUAAUGGCUAUCUAAUUAAAAUUCCCGACAAUUUACUCGUGUAUCGCGUAGCUUCUGAUUUCAUUUAAAAACUGUUUAAGAAGUUUCUUUUUUCCUUCCAUCUCCUUGCUAAUAAAUUCUAUAAUGAUAGCAUUAACGACUUGCACUGGUGAACGCUAAUUUAUUUCUUCUUUAUAAGAUGCGAUGACUCUUUAGUUGUUUUUUUCGAUAAAACAAUUAGUAGCGUUUUUGCGUCAUCGCGUUACGAUGUAAAAUUGGAAAACAACUUUAACAGCCAGUUUUAUGUACUAUUUAACUAUUUUAAUCGUUUAUUAAAUUUCAACAUUUAAAAUUAUAAUAAAGUUGUUGUAUAACAUCA